CCUUGUUUGACCGCUAUGUUUGAUGGGUAUUAUGACGCCUCCACCGUGGAGCUCUACGAGUUAUUCUGCUCUCUGGUAAACGAGAGCACUGUGGAAUCAGAGUAGAUAGCACAGAGAGUGAAAACAUUUUUUUUUUUCAACCUUAAUAAACUUUUAGGUUAUGAAUUUCUCCCUGACCAAGAUGGCUACCAUUUUCAACCUAUAAACAGAACUUUGAAUAGUUUAUGACAUAGCCGACCCGUAUGGUGAAAGUCUUUAGCAGGAUAGGCUUCAUUUCCAAUAAACACUUCACCUGGAAUUUACAUUUAUAUCGACCAGCUGAGAGAAAGAAAGAUAAAAAGGUGAUCAAAUUUGACUGACUUCUGGAUCGGGUCGCUGGUCACAGGAGGUCCAGGAUGAAUAAGCUACGGCAGAGUUUCAGACGGAAGAAAGACGUGUACGUUCCUGAGUCCAGCCGACCGCACCAGUGGCAGACGGAUGAGGAGUCGGUCCGCAGUGGAAAGUGUAGCUUUGCAGUCAAGUACCUGGGCCAUGUAGAGGUGGAGGAGUCCAGAGGAAUGCAUAUCUGUGAGGGCGCUGUGAAGCGUCUCAAGACGGACAGGACAUUCUUCAAGGGCUUCUUUACUAAAGCAGGGAAGAAGGCAGUGAAAGCAGUGUUGUGGGUCUCAGCAGACGGUCUCCGUGUGGUAGAUGACAAAACUAAGGACCUGAUCCUAGACCAGACAAUAGAGAAAGUAUCGUUCUGCGCUCCGGACAGGAACUUUGAGAGAGCGUUCUCCUACAUCUGUAGAGAUGGAACUACGAGACGCUGGAUCUGCCACUGCUUCAUGGCUAUCAAGGACUCUGGAGAGCGUCUGAGCCACUCGGUGGGCUGUGCCUUCGCUGCCUGUCUGGAGAGGAAACAGAAGAGAGAGAAGGAGUGUGGUGUCACAGCAACCUUCGACUCCAACAGAACCACCUUCACCAGGGAGGGCUCGUUCCGAGUUACCACGGCGACGGAAGCCGCUGAGCGAGAGGAGGUCAUGAGGCAGUUACAGGACAAGAAAGCGGAGGGCGAUGUCAGGCCCCCCAUCCCUCUCUCCUCAGGCCCCAGUGAGGGUGUGGUGAACCAGGCUGUGGCCCCUCUACCAGGGCCACCGUCCCCCUCCUCCUCCCCUCCCCUGGGCCCCCAGGUUAUUCCCCGCAGACACGCCCCAGUGGAGGUCCUGGCCAGACAGGGUUCCUUCAGAGGGUUCCCUGCCCUCAACAACAACUCCUCUCCCUUCAAACGGCAGCUGUCUCUCAGGAUGAACGAUCUGCCCCCUACCAUGCAGUCUGACUUCCCCAUGAACAACACAGUCCCAGAGGUGGAGGGAGAGGGCGACAGCAUCAGCUCGUUGUGUACCCAGAUCGCCUCAGCCUUCAGUGGGCCUCCUGAAGACCCCUUCUCCCAGGCCCCCAUGCCCCGACCAACCUCCAGCCCACAGUCACCUGUAGCGCCCCCGGGGGCUCAGCCAGCAUUGCCCCCUCCACUUCCUGCCCGAGACACUAACCCCUGGGCCAAGACUCCUGGCCAUGCAGGGCACCAUACCCCCCCGACCUCCACCUCAGCACACCCAGGAGGUGAUUGGACGACACCAGUGAUUGUAGCUCCUCCCUCCGCCACAUCGUCUCCGUCUCACCACUCCCACCGCCGCACGCCGUCGGAGGCUGACCGUUGGCUCGAGGAGGUCACCAAGUCUGUCCGCGCUCCGCAACUCGGGUCCACACCCCCCUCCCAACCGUUCCUCACCCCCAACCCACCAGCCUUCUCCAUCCCCCCAACCCAGGCUUUCAUUGUCCCCAUGCCUUCCACCCAGGCCUUCCCUGCUACCCUACCCCCUAGCCAGGCCUUCCCGGCUACACUACCCCCUAACCAGGCCUUCCCUGCUACCCUACCCCCUAACCAGGCCUUCCCUGCUACCCUACCCCCUAACCAGGCCUUCCCUGCUACCCUACCCCCUAACCAGGCCUUCCCUGCUACCCUAACCCCUAACCAGGCCUUCCCUGCUACCGUACCCCCUAACCAGGCCUUCCCUGCCACACUAGCCCCUAACCAGCCCUUCUCUACCCCCCCAACCCAGGCAGUUGCCCCUGUGGCCUUCAUGUCCUCCCUGCCCCCUGCGAUUCCCAUGCUGACCCCUCGCCAACCUGCCUACCACACCCAGGCCCCAGCCUCCUACCCCAUGUCCAACGGGCUGCCCUAUGCCCAUCCCAGUGUGCCCGUGAUGGGCAUCACACCCUCUCAGAUGGUGGCCAAUGUGUUUGGUUCAGCCACUCAGCCCCAGGCGUACCCCACCCCCCAGCCCCAGGCGUACCCCACCCCCCAGCCCCAGGCGUACCCCACCCCCCAGUCCCAGGCGUACCCCACCCCGCAGCCCCAGGCGUACCCCACCCCCCAGUAUGACCCUGAUCAGAACACUGUGUGUAUCCCCUUCAGCAACCCCCACCAGCAGCCCCUUCCCUUCCAGGCACCCAAUGGGAGUGUAGCCUUCAACGGGGGUGGGGCCGACAGCUGGGCCCCUCCCUCCCUGCCCCCUCCGUCCUCCCCGGCCCCUCCCCUUCCCCCGCAACCCCUGGCGACGGCCGAUCCCUUCGAGGCCAAGUGGGCCGCCCUGGAGAGCCACUCCCGCCAGCGCACCACGCCAUCGCCCACUAACCCCUUCUCCUCCGAGCUGCACAAGACCUUUGAGAUCCAACUCUAGAGACUGAGAAGCUGGGAGGAGGAGGUGGUGGACUGGGAAGCUGGGAGGAGGAGGUGGUGGACUGAGAAGCUGGGAGGAGGAGGUGGUGGACUGGGACUGAGGAGGAGGUGGUGAUGAUGGGGGAGGAUACUUUUUUAAUGAAUUUGCAGGUUGGUGAGGGACGGAAGAGGAGCAGACUAGCCUUUCUCUCAGUCUCUACGUCCGCCUGGAUUGGCUUAGUGGAGGACCUGAGUGGAGGAGAUGGAUGGGUGGGUGGAGCUAUCAGCAGGGAUGAAGGAUGGAAACAGUAGGACAGGAAGGAGAGAUGGAGGUGCUGCUGCUGCUUACCAGACAUUUCAUUUGUAUUGUGGGUUUAGUUGUGUUGUUGCUUUGGAUGACGUGGAAGUGGACAUGAUGACCCUGUAGAGUGGUGGAUCUGAGAACACACAGCCCCGACCCCAGCCCCAACCCCGACCCGAGCCACAACCCCAGCCCCAACCCCAGCCCCGACCCCAACCCAACCCCGACCCCAGCCCCAACCCCGACCCCAACCCCGACCCCAGCCCCAACCCCAACCCAGCCCCAACCCUAACCCCAGCCCCAACCCCGAGCCCUCCCAGCUCUCGAGACACACUGAAACAACUUUACCAGGGGUUGCUACCCCUUCCUCCCUCUCCUGGUCCAGCUCACAGCGCCCCCAGGUGGCUGGAGUAUGAUCUGCUCUCCCGACCACCUGUCAGGCAGAAGGACUGCAGCACUGAAAGAGAACUGAGCUUCCAGACCAGAGGUUCUCAUCUAAAAACAUUUUAAAAAAUCAGAAAAAAGUGAGAGAAUGCCAAAAUCUUUAUUUUUAUGCAUUAAGGUAUAUUUUAAAAAAAUAGCUUUGGAAAUCUAACAGAAGAGUUGUAAAGUAAUCUCUGCCAAGGGCACAGAAGAUAGCUAGCUACAAUGAGGGGAUGUGCAACCUGUAUACAAGAAACUAUCGUAUAUUAUAAAUCUAUAUCUAUUAAGAAUAUAUUAGUGUACACAGCUCACGGCAACUGAUUUCUGUGAUGACUUGAAGAGAGAAUGUGUUGAAGGGACAGCUGUUUUAUUUUGUAUUCUGUCUCAUUUUGCCGUUCGUUGUUUUCAUCCUGUGAUUGGAUGUUCUUCUCACUGUAAAUAGUUCAAUCGUCAUUGCAGAAACAAUCGAUGUGGAUCCAGCGGGCAGCAGUGUGGAACGGCAGUAUGGGGUACCCUGGGGGUGUAUUCGUUAAGAACCAAACGGGGGAGGGACCUACUUGAAUUUUCCAAUAGAAACUCUUGUUUCCCAUUGCGUAACGUUUUGCUACGGUGUGCGACUAAUGAAUACACCCCCAGGCUGCCUCUGCUACCACUGAUCUGCCCUCUCAAGUCUCCUUACUAUGAUAGUACUAGUCUAGUAGUCGAUAGUACUAGUAAUUAGUACUCAUCUAGUACUCGAUAGUACUGGUAAUUAGUACUAGUCUAGUACUAGUAAUUAGUACUAGUCUAGUACUCGAUAGUACUAGUAAUUAGUACUAGUCUAGUACUCGAUAGUACUAGUAACUAGUACUCAUCUAGUACUCGAUAGUACUGGUAAUUAGUACUAAUUUAGUACUCGAUAGUACUGGUAAUUAGUACUCAUCUAGUACUCGAUAGUACUUGUAAUUAGUACUCAUCUAGUACUCGAUAGUACUGGUAAUUAGUACUCAUCUAGUACUCGAUAGUACUUGUAAUUAGUACUCAUCUAGUACUCGAUAGUACUGGUAAUUAGUACUCAUCUAGUACUCGAUAGUACUAGUAAUUAGUACUCGAUAGUACUGGUAAUUAGUACUCAUCUAGUACUCGAUAGUACUGGUAAUUAGUACUCAUCUAGUACUCGAUAGUACUGGUAAUUAGUACUCAUCUAGUACUCAAUAGUACUAGUAAUUAGUACUCAUGUAGUACUCGAUAGUACUAUUCGUUAGGACUUAACUACAUUUGACUUCCAUCUUCAUUGUCAAUCUUUUUAUUUUGUUGAGGUAAUGUUUGUACUUUGUUGUUGUUGUAUUUUAACACUACGGACAGUGUCAUCUCCCAAUUUUAUUUAUCCUUCAAUGAUAUUAUUUUUUAAAUAAAAAUGAUUGAUUUCCCCAUA